AUGGAAGGAAACUUGAAAAGUGACUCCUCGUAUUUCACUCAGGAAGAGUCUCAGCGUGAAACAGAGUCUAUUGAUGGAGGGGUGAUGAGUUUCCCACAAUCGCCAACUGAUGUCUCUAUAUCUUCUGCACCUUCUAGUUCUUUAAGUUCAAGUGUAGGUAGGAAACGCAAAGUCACUGCAGCAGAAGAAGGUGAAAGGCCGCAUAUUGAAGCACAUCGUAAAAUCAAUGGCAAAAAAAGAAGACGAGAAAGAUACAACUUAUCAUUUUCUGAUGAGCCUCAAAUACCCCAUAAAUAG